GAAAAUAGAACAGAGAAAACCCUCGACACACAGAUCAAAGAGACUAAGAGAGAGAGAGAAGUCGAUUCUAGAUUGAGAGAAGAGAGAGAGAGAGAGAGAGAUGGCAGAUGAAGGUAGUAAGGAGGAUGCUGGAAUGGAUCAGGUAGAGGAGGAUUUCUCUAUAUGGAAGAAGAACACACCAUUCCUCUACGAUCUUAUGAUCUCUAACCCUCUCGAGUGGCCCUCUCUCACCGUCCACUGGGUCCCAUCUCCCCCUUCCCCUUACGCGGCGGAUCCUUACUUCGGCGUCCACAAGCUCAUCCUCGGAACCCACACUUCCGGCGAUGCUCAAGAUUUCCUCAUGGUCGCCGACGCCGUCAUCCCAACUCCCGACGCCGAGCCAGGGUUAGGCGGAACAAAUCAAGAUCCCAUAGUCCCUAAGGUGGAGAUUAGGCAGAAGAUACGUGUCGAUGGAGAAGUGAACAGAGCGCGUUGCAUGCCUCAAAAGCCCACUCUUGUCGGUGCGAAGACGAGUGGGUGUGAGGUGUUUUUGUUUGAUUACGCCAAGCACGCUUCGAAGCCUCAGACUAGUGAUUGUGAUCCUGAUCUGAGGCUACUGGGACACGACAUGGAAGGGUAUGGAUUGUCUUGGAGCCCCUUCAAGGAAGGUUAUCUUCUGAGUGGUUCGCAGGAUAAGAAGAUAUGCCUUUGGGAUGUUUCAGCUACACCGCAAGAUAAGGUUCUGAAUGCAAUGUUUGUGUACGAGGGGCAUGAAUGCGCUGUGGAAGAUGUAGCGUGGCACAUGAAGAACGAGAACCUUUUUGGUUCUGCUGGUGAUGAUGGUCGAUUGGUGAUAUGGGACACGCGGACAAACCAAAUGCAACACCAAGUGAAAGUUCACGAGAAAGAGGUGAACUAUUUGUCUUUCAAUCCGUUCAAUGAAUGGGUUUUAGCAACAGCUUCGUCAGACUCAACUGUUGCCUUGUUUGACCUCCGGAAGCUGAAUGUGCCAUUGCACGUCUUGAGCAGCCACGAGGGAGAGGUUUUCCAAGUGGAGUGGGAUCCUAACCAUGAAACAGUGCUUGCAUCUUCCGGUGAAGACAGAAGGCUGAUGGUCUGGGACCUGAACAGGGUUGGAGAAGAGCAGCUUGAGAUAGAGUUGGAUGCAGAAGAUGGUCCACCAGAGUUGCUCUUUUCUCACGGUGGCCACAAGGCUAAGAUAUCAGAUUUUGCUUGGAACAAAAACGAGCCUUGGGUCAUUGCAAGUGUAGCAGAAGACAACAGUCUUCAGGUCUGGCAAAUGGCGGAGAGCAUCUAUCGAGAUGAAGAUGAAAAUGAGAUCGAUGAGGACAUCAAACAGUCAUGAAAAAUGAAGAAAUUAAUUGGUCUCUCCAUUACUCAAGACAAUAGUGUCUAAAAAACCAUCUUUGUCUGUAUUAUGGCAUCUCUGUUUCGUAAUGUACCAUGUUUAGAUUUUGUUGAUUUCUUAUGAAUUCUCUGUUGCAAAA